UUCGCUAUUAUAUUGUUUAUUUCAUCUAAUUUUACCCUUUACUGUUGUAAAUUUGAGAUGUGAUUAAUUGCGUCCAUACUCUAAGGAAUCUCCUGCUUUUCUCUCAUUGAUUAGAGAACAGAGUUUCAUUCAAAAUUCAUCUGGGUGAUGUGGGUUUAGCGGUGAAAAGGUUAAUCCCUGUUAUUUUACCUCUUGGGGUGGCUUUUUUUUUGUUGUAGUUAGUGAUAUGCACGCCUGUCCUUAAUCAUUCCCUCCAUAUUCUCUCUCUGAAUUUGUUAUUCAUAUCAUUUCUUCUUCUUGUUCUUCUUCUUCCUCAUUUCUCUCUUUGUCCUUGCCUUCUUCCCCUGUACUGGGUUGUGAAGAUUGUCCAAAUUCCAUUAGCUUCUACAAGCUGGGAUUGGAUCUGGGUGUGUGUCCUUUUUCCUGUUAUUCAUCUCCUUGACGUUUAUUCAACCAGUCGCAGGUAACAAUAGAGGUGUGGAUAUAACAUGGCGGUCUCUAUGAGAAAUUUAGACCAAGCGUUUCAGGGUGCUGGCCAGAAAGCUGGGGUUGAAGUAUGGCGCAUUGAGAAUUCCCGCCCUGUUCUUGUACCAAAAUCAUCUCACGGAAAAUUUUUCAUGGGAGAUUCCUAUAUAGUCCUCGAGACCACAUCCUUAAAAAAUGGUGCUUUCCGGCAUGAUAUUCAUUAUUGGCUUGGUAAGGAUACCACUCAGGAUGAAGCUGGUACUGCAGCCAUCAAAACCAUUGAAUUGGAUGCAGCCCUUGGAGGACGUGCUGUCCAGUACCGUGAAGUGCAAGGUUACGAGACAGAGAAGUUUUUAUCAUAUUUCAAACCGUGCAUUAUACCACAAGAAGGCGGAGUUUCCUCUGGCUUCAAACAUGCCAAGGCUGAAGAACACCGCACUCGGUUGUAUGUUUGCAAAGGAAAACGAGUUGUUCAUGUUAAAGAGGUUCCUUUUGCUCGAUCCUCACUUAACCAUGAUAGUAUUUUCAUUCUUGAUACCAAGUCUAAAAUAUUCCAAUUCAAUGGAUCCAACUCAUCCAUUCAAGAGAGAGCCAAAGCAUUGGAAGUAGUUCAAUUCAUUAAAGAUACAUAUCAUGACGGAAAAUGCGAGAUAGCCGCCGUUGAGGAUGGCAGAAUGAUGGCAGAUGCUGAAACAGGGGAAUUUUGGAGUUUAUUUGGUGGUUUUGCUCCACUUCCAAGAAAAGUAAUCAGUGGAGGUGAUAAAAUGGUCGGUUCACAUCCAACAAAACUACUAUGUGUUAAGAAGGGCGACCCCGAACCUGUUGAGGCUGAUUCUUUAACUAGGGCGCUGUUAGCUUCAAAUAAAUGUUACAUUCUUGAUAGCGGGACAGAAGUUUUUAUAUGGAUGGGAAGAAAUACCUCUCUUGAAGAAAGGAAAAAUUCCAGCAGAGCUGCAGAAGAGCUAGUUAGCGGUCCUGAUCGUCCACAAUCGCACAUAAUGCGGGUGACUGAAGGCUUCGAACCUAUUGUGUUCCAAGCCAAGUUUGAUUCGUGGCCUCAAGCAGCUGCUAUAGCUGUGUCAGAGGAUGGUAGAGGCAAGGUUGCUGCACUUUUGAAACGCCAAGGAUUUAAUGUGAAGGGUCUUUUGAAAGCUGAACCUAUAAGAGAAGAACCUCGGCCUUACAUUGAUUGUACAGGAAAUCUACAGGUGUGGCGUGUCAGUGGCCAGGAAAAGCUUCUACUUCAUGUCUCUGAUCAAUCAAAAUUUUACAGUGGUGAUUGCUAUAUUUUCCAAUAUUCUUACUCGGGAGAAGACAAGGAAGAAUAUCUGGUUGGAACAUGGUUUGGUAAACAAAGUGUUGAGGGAGAAAGAGCUUCUGCUUUAUCGCUGGCCAGCCAGAUGGUGGAAGCACUGAAGUUCUUGCCUGUCCAGGCUUGUAUUUAUGAAGGAUAUGAACCAGUCCAGUUCUAUUCAAUUUUUCAGAGGUUUAUUGUUUUUAAGGGUGGGUUGAGUGAUGGAUACAAGAAUUACAUUGCAGAAAAUGGCAUUUCAGACGUGACAAAUUCGAGAAACAGUAUUGCAUUGUUUCGAGUCCAGGGCUCUGGCCCUGAGAAUAUGCAAGCAAUUCAAGUUGAAGCAGUUGGAUCCUCUUUGAAUUCCUCUUAUUGUUACAUUCUGUAUAGAGGGUCUACUGUUUUUACUUGGUUUGGAAGCCUUACCACCACUGAUCACCCGGAGCUUGUUGAAAGAUUUCUGGAUAUGAUCAAGCCAAACUGUCAAUCCAAGUCGUACAAGGAAGGCGCAGAGUCUGAACUAUUUUGGGGUUUGUUGGGAGGAAAAACGGAAUACCCAAGUCAGAAAAUUGCAAUGGUUGUUGAGAGCGAUCCACACUUGUUUUCUUGCACUUAUUCAAAAGAAAUUUUGAAGGUUGAUGAGAUAUACAACUUUGGGCAAGAUGAUUUGAUGGCAGAAGAUAUUGACAUUCUUAGUUGUCACUCUCAGAUCUUUGUUUGGGUUGGGCAACAAGUUGACCCCAAGACUAAACUGCAUGCUUUAAGAAUUGGGGAGAAAUUUCUUGAGAUUGAUUUUUUUCAUGAAAAAUUAUCACGCGAAACUCCGAUAUAUAUCGUCAUGGAAGGAAGUGAACCGCCUUUCUUCACACGUUUCUUCUCAUGGGAUUCUGCAAAAUCUGACAUGCACGGAGAUUCGUUUCAGAGAAAGCUUGCAUUAGUUAAAAAUGACGGUGCUGCUGCUAUAAAUAAACCGAAGCGGAGAGCUCCUGUAAUGUAUGGAGGGAGGUCGAGUAGUGUGCCAGAGAAAGCACAGCGCUCGAGGAGUGUGUCGUUUAGUCCUGAUCGAGUUCGUGUGAGAGGAAGGUCACCUGCUUUCAAUGCAUUAGCUGCAAACUUUGAGAACCCAAGUGCUAGAAAUCUUUCUACUCCUCCUCCAAUGGUUAGAAGGCUGUACCCCAAAUCUGUUACUACUGAGUCAUCAAGGCUGGCUUCUAAAAAUGCAGCCAUAGCAGCACUUAGUGCAAGUUUCGAACAGCCACCGCCCGCUCGAGAAGCUAUUAUACCUCGCUCUUUCAAGGGGACGCUAGGUGUCUCCAAGCCUAUCCCAGAGUUGGACAAGAAGGAGACCUCCAUGAGCAACAGAAUAGAAUCUCUUACUAUAGUGGAAGAUGCAAAGGAGGGCGAAGUUGAAGACGAGGAAGGUCUCACAAUACAUCCAUACGAAUCCCUUACAACAACAUCGAGUUCUCCAGCUUCAGACAUCGACGUGACGAAGCGAGAGACAUACCUAUCAAUGACGGAGUUCAAGGAGAAAUUUGGAAUGACAAAGGAUGCUUUCUAUAAGCUACCUAAAUGGAAGCAGAACAAACUUAAAAUGGCCUUGCAUCUGUUCUAGAACUCCUUGCUAACAAUGCCCUUUGAUUGCUCGUCGUCGAGUUGUGGAUGCUGAUUUGGAACUCAAAAGUUGUUGAUGGAGAGCGUCAGUGCAUUUUAAGCUGUUUCUGCUGUCCCAUACAUACACUCAGACCUGUUCUUGAUUGGUUUGAAUGUGUCUUAGCUUUCACUAGCAGAUGAAAUAGUUGUGUGAUAUAUUCUGUGAGAAUUGGUUUGAUGAGAGCAAUUUUGGGUUUUUUUUAUCAAUUUUUUGUGUUUUAAUUAUU